AUGGCUGCAGAAGAGGAGACACGAAAACGUAUGGUCGAUCAGGUGAUUCUAUGUUAUUUUGAUGUCAAUACAAGAGAUAUGGAGACAAAUGUGCAACGAAUACGCGAAGAACUUCGAUCAAAUAUUCAUACUUUUCAUCAGUUUAACGAUUGGGAUGCCUGUAUCGAUUUUCUAACAGAUGCAAACGAAGCCGAUAUUGUUUGUUUAUACACGAAAGAUGAAUAUUUGAGUGAUGAUCUUCUAUCAGUACUCAAUUCAAUUUAUCAACUCAAAUCGAUCUAUACACUGAAUUAUGUACGAUAUAGUGUACAGCAAUCGGUUCACAUUAAACAAAAUCUCCGACAAAAAGCCAACCAAAUGAUCAGCUUUCAAACUUUUCGUUCGAGCGAUGAUCGUGCGGAAGACAUAUCUAAAUUAAAUCGUCUUGAUGCAUCUUUUAUGUAUUCCCAAUUGAUUAAAGAGAUGCUUAUUGAUACUGAACUAGAUUACGACGAUGAUUAUAUAGAAAUGUUUAUCGAAGCAUGUCGUACGGAAAACAGUGUUAAUGCAACUCAAUUGGCAAAUAUAACACGAUUCAAAAAUACUUACAAAGAACAUUCAGCACUUUGGUGGUACACAAAAGAGUCAUUUCUUUAUUCAGCUGUGAAUAAAGCCUUGCGAACGCAAGAUGUAACUAUGAUAUUUAUGAUGGGAUUUUUCAUUCGUGAUCUUCAUCAAGGCUUAGUUGAAUUACAAAAAAUCAAUAAAGAAAGUCAGUCGUUCUCAACAGUCUAUCGUGGUCAAAGCCUGACAGUUCAUGAUUUGCAACGCCUACAACAUCAUGUUGGUGGUCUUCUUUCUUUUAAUAACUUUCUUUCUACUAGUUUAGACUACAAUGUAUGUCUUGCAUUUGCUCAGAGUGCACGAGAUGAUCCAUUACACAUUGGUGUCCUUUUUCGAAUUCAACUACAUUCGAUUAUUGCAGAAAAGCACGGUUCUACAUCACCAUUUGCUCCUUUGAAAGAUGUUAGCUAUUAUCCACAUGAAGAUGAAAUACUUUUUUCAAUGCAUACAGUUUUUCGAAUUAAGAAUGCAGUUGAAAUCGAAGAAAAUCUUUGGCUACUCGAUCUAGAUCUUACCAAUGACCAAGAUGAACAACUCAAUGUUCUUCUCGACCAAUUACGUUCCGAGAUCUACGUAGCAGAGGUAUUUAAUGUCGACAAAGUCGGAAAACUAUCUUUGUUGAUGGGCGAUUACGAUGGAGCGCUAGAUGUUUAUAAUACCUUGCUCAAUAUGUGUCCUGAUAAUUUAGUUCUUAGUUCGUAUGUUCAUCAUCAUCUCGGUUUAGUCUAUCAACAAAUGCACCGAUUGGACGAAGCGAUUCAUCAUUACUUAAAAGCGGUUGACAUUCGUCGCUCAUUUAGGAACGACGAAAAUAAUGAUCGCUAUUCAAUGGCGACUUAUGCAAAUCUUACUGAUAUCUACAAGGAGAAAGGUGACUUGGGUCAAGCUCGAGCAAACUGUGAACGUGCACUGGUGUUAUUCGCGCAAAAGAAAAAUCCUGAAGAAUCAGAUCCAAUUAUGUAUUGUUACCAUUUGUCCAAUUUGGCACUUGUUCAACAUGCGGAAAAUAAUGUGGAUGACGCUUUGAAAAACUAUAAAAAAGUCAUCGAACUACGUCUGAAACAUCUACCUUCAAAUCAUCCUGACCUAUGCGUAGCUUAUAGUAAUUUAGCAGUAGUUUGUGGAUCGAAGAAAGAUUAUUCUUUAGCUGUCGAGCAUCUUCAACAAGCAUUAGAAGUCGCUGAACGAUCGCUGCCAGAUAAACAUGAUACAUUAGCUGUAAUCCAUUACAAUAUCGGUGUAAUGAAUGAGAAUUGGAAGAAAUACGAUGAAGCUUUGAAACAUUUACAGAAAGCUGUGGAAAUUGCACGAGCCUUACCUUCAUUUGACAGCGAGAAACUCGCGAGCUGGAUCCAAUCCAUGGAUGAAUGCGGUGCAUCGAAAUCGAAAGAAAAUGACGUUUUUUAUGAUAUUUGCGCGUGUGGUGAUGUCGAAAAAGUGCAUAGCUUAUUGCCAACAAUGACUUCUCAAAAAUUGAAUCAUCAACAAAAAGAUGGCAAUACUCCUCUCCAUGCGGCUUGUAUAAACAAUCACAACGACAUAGUUAUUCUAUUACUGAACAAGGAAGACAUUUGCGCGAGACGUCUACGUAACAAAGAAGGUAAAACUGCGUAUGACUAUACAAAAUCCAGUGAAAUUCGACGAUUAUUUUGCCGUCCGGAAGCUGCAACAAUCGCACGUUUGCAGGAUGAUCAACCAACAUCAUCUCUCCAACCCGUUCUCGCAACCAAUAUGGAUUCAAACGAGACAAUUCCUGANAUUGAACGACAUAAUAUUGACUUGGACAAGUGUUUUUCAACAAUUCGAUUGGAAUAUUUUCCGGCAUUAAAUGACUUUUUAUGA